AUGCACUAUCGAACCACUGCCAGUAUACUUACGAAUCAUGCGGUAUCAAGGAAACCGAUCGACGUCAGCAGUACCUUCUUAGACCUGUUCUUUGAUGUCAUAUCGGACUUGACAUUUGGCCAGUCUUUCAACACGCAGACCACGAAGCAGCGAAGUCCGAUCGUGGUAGAGUUUCUCAGCAAACAAAAAGCACUUGGCUUCGCUUUGCUGAACAUGCCUCUGCUCCACCUCGCUAAGAACAUGCGCAUAUCCGUGAAGAAGCAGAAGUCCUGGGAAGGUUGGUAUGAUGAAGCAUUGAAUGCCCGCAGUAAGAAGAUUGUUUCGACGUCGGACAUAUACACAUACCUGUCGCAAUCCAACGCCUUCAGCGGCAACGCUCUCAGAGAGGCCAAAUUAGCUAUCGUUGCUGGCGCUGAUACAAACGCCAUCACAAUGUCUAACAUUUGCUAUCUGCUAUGCCGUCAUCCCGAGUACCAGGCAAAGCUCCACGAUGAGUUGUCCGGCUUACAUUCUCUUUUCCCCGACGACUAUGAUCUGAUGUACAAGCCUUACUUGAAUGGUAUCAUCAACGAAGCAUUGAGAUUGCAUCCGCCUGUCCCCUUCGGUCUUCAGCGUGUGACACCCGCAGAAGGCGCAGUCAUCGCCGGCCGACACAUACCGGGCCACAUGAAUGUCACAACGCCGACGUACGCGCUACAUCGAGAUUCCCGCGCGUUCGUUCAACCGAAUGAGUUCAUACCCGAACGCUGGUUCUCCCGCCCCGACCUCAUCCUUCGCAAAGACGCAUUUGUGCCAUUUGGCUCCGGCACGUACAAUUGUGCGGGCAAGCCUCUGGCUAUGUUACAGUUACGCAUGGUCCUUGCCAUGAUCUCCCGACGGUUCACUAUGGCAUUUGCUCCUGGCCAGGAAGCUCUAUGCCAGUACUUCAUCGAUCAUCAAGCCGACUGCUUCACGCUCCACCUUGAGCCCCUUCCUUUGCUUUUCGAACGAAGAGGCGUGUGA